AUGACAUCCUUCGUUUAAUCAACAUUUGCAAUAUCUGCAAAGCCGAAUUUUGAAUUUUUGUAGAAUUAGAUUGAAUCUGAUUCAGAUAAUGAAGAAUAGAAAUAGAGAUUAUAAUAAAUACAUGAAAAUUAGAAAGAACACAAAAAAUUCAAGAAAUUAAUAGAUAUAGAUUUGGUGAAAGAAGAAUUGAAAAACAGGCCCAAUGUUGAAAUGAAAUUAAGCUCUAUUUAAAAGAAAAAAAUUUCUAAGAUUAAAAGUGUCCGUUCUCUAAAUGAUCUUAUUAUUCCCACAUCUCCAAUUUUGAUUGAUCAAUUAGGAAACUUGAAGAAAAUAAAAGAGAUACGUUCGGAAGUGCCUCCAGAGUUGAUGGGAAGAAUUUACUCAGAACUCAGGUAAUUUUUAACAAACAAUUAUGAGAUAUGAAUUUGUGCCAGCCUUAAAUCCAGUGUAUCGAUAGGGAGAUUAGAACAAAAGAUUUUACAUUAUACUAGAAGGGAAGGUAGUAGUGAUGAAACCGAAAUUAAAGAUGGUGGGGUCCAGUAAAAUAGAAUUUGAUGAUAAUUUGUAAUAAAAAAGUCAGGGGAAAAACGAUGAUGAUCCUUUUGGCUUAAAAGUUCUCUUUCCAGACUACAUCAUUUUAAAAAUCCUAUUUUAAGGAGAGUAAGCAUAUUUGCAUAAACUUUAGUUCUUUUGGAGAAGCAGCCAUAAAAUUGGACACUGCAAGAUCAUCGACUGUGUUUACAUUAGAAGAUACCCACUUACUCUACUUAAAUGAAACUGCUUAUCUAGAAUAUUUAAAUCCCUAUUUAAGUAUUGCUUUAGAUAAAAAAAUAUAAUAUUUUGGAUAGACUCCACUCUUUCAAAAUAUCGAUCCAGAGGAUUAUAUGGGUAUAGUAUUGGAGAGCAAAUUGGUCACCAUGAAAGCAGGAGAGGUAGUUUAUGAAGAAGGGGAGAAAACUAAAUACAUAUACUUUAUAAUCAGUGGGGAAAUUGAGUUGUUGAAAUAAGUAAAAAAGAAGUCAAUAAUUUUGUCUUCGUAUGGGGAAUUCCAAAAUUUUGGUGAGGUGGAAAUCAUGAUGAAAAUUAAUAGAUACACAAAGGCCAAAGUGAUUUCACCAAGAGUUAACUGUUAUAGGAUCAGAAAAAGAAUAUUUUUUGAUAAUUUAGGUAGUUAUGGAACUUAUGAAAAUAUGAAAAAACAUUCAGGUGUUAUUUACANUUUUUUUAUAUUCAUUUUUUAUAUAGUUGUUAAAUUGAUUGUGUUUUUAAUUCAAAUUGACAAUGAUUUAGAAGGUCAUUGCUCAUAGAAACUUAGACACCUGUUAAUAUCUCCUAAGAAUUAUGCCAUUUUGAUUUAAAAUACGUAUUUUCUUAAGUUAUUUAUCAGACAAAAAAUACUUUUUAAAUCUAUAAAUAUUAUUAUCCAAAAAUAAUUAUAAUAAGUCUAGCAUAUGACAUCCUUCGUUUAAUCAACAUUUGCAAUAUCUGCAAAGCCGAAUUUUGAAUUUUUGUAGAAUUAGAUUGAAUCUGAUUCAGAUAAUGAAGAAUAGAAAUAGAGAUUAUAAUAAAUACAUGAAAAUUAGAAAGAACACAAAAAAUUCAAGAAAUUAAUAGAUAUAGAUUUGGUGAAAGAAGAAUUGAAAAACAGGCCCAAUGUUGAAAUGAAAUUAAGCUCUAUUUAAAAGAAAAAAAUUUCUAAGAUUAAAAGUGUCCGUUCUCUAAAUGAUCUUAUUAUUCCCACAUCUCCAAUUUUGAUUGAUCAAUUAGGAAACUUGAAGAAAAUAAAAGAGAUACGUUCGGAAGUGCCUCCAGAGUUGAUGGGAAGAAUUUACUCAGAACUCAGGUAAUUUUUAACAAACAAUUAUGAGAUAUGAAUUUGUGCCAGCCUUAAAUCCAGUGUAUCGAUAGGGAGAUUAGAACAAAAGAUUUUACAUUAUACUAGAAGGGAAGGUAGUAGUGAUGAAACCGAAAUUAAAGAUGGUGGGGUCCAGUAAAAUAGAAUUUGAUGAUAAUUUGUAAUAAAAAAGUCAGGGGAAAAACGAUGAUGAUCCUUUUGGCUUAAAAGUUCUCUUUCCAGACUACAUCAUUUUAAAAAUCCUAUUUUAAGGAGAGUAAGCAUAUUUGCAUAAACUUUAGUUCUUUUGGAGAAGCAGCCAUAAAAUUGGACACUGCAAGAUCAUCGACUGUGUUUACAUUAGAAGAUACCCACUUACUCUACUUAAAUGAAACUGCUUAUCUAGAAUAUUUAAAUCCCUAUUUAAGUAUUGCUUUAGAUAAAAAAAUAUAAUAUUUUGGAUAGACUCCACUCUUUCAAAAUAUCGAUCCAGAGGAUUAUAUGGGUAUAGUAUUGGAGAGCAAAUUGGUCACCAUGAAAGCAGGAGAGGUAGUUUAUGAAGAAGGGGAGAAAACUAAAUACAUAUACUUUAUAAUCAGUGGGGAAAUUGAGUUGUUGAAAUAAGUAAAAAAGAAGUCAAUAAUUUUGUCUUCGUAUGGGGAAUUCCAAAAUUUUGGUGAGGUGGAAAUCAUGAUGAAAAUUAAUAGAUACACAAAGGCCAAAGUGAUUUCACCAAGAGUUAACUGUUAUAGGAUCAGAAAAAGAAUAUUUUUUGAUAAUUUAGGUAGUUAUGGAACUUAUGAAAAUAUGAAAAAACAUUCAGGUGUUAUUUACAAACAUUGGUAAUUGAUUUGUAAUGCUUUUUAAAAAUCAAUUAAUCCAAGAGAUGAAGUACAAUACAAUUAAUAUUCAUUAGGUUUAUGAAGCUGCUUAAGAUGAUAAUGCAAAUAAACCUAAUUUACUUGCAAAAUCCAUUUUAAAUAAGAAGCUGAUAGAGUCUCAAGGUUAGAAAUUAAGUCAAAUCAAAAUAUUUUAGAAUCUGACUGAUUCGAAUUUAAAGGAUUUAAAAAAUUCUAAUAAUGAUAGUCAUAAUCUUCUAUAAAGAGUGUAUAGUAAUACACUCCAACAAUAUUAAGCUAAAUUAUUAAAGAAACCUUAAAUGGCUAUUUGUGAUUAGGACUCCUAAUGCAUAAGAAAUCAAAAUCAAAAUAUCUAACCAACAAAUACAAGUAUUAACUAUGACAACAAUUCGACUACAAGUCCUUUAAAUGAAAAUAGUGUUGAUCUUAAAUUAAGCUCGAAUAGAUCAUCUGUCAUUAUAAAAAGGGAGAGUUAGUAAAAGAUUACUCUUCCAUCUCUUCAUCCUUCCUUACAUCUAGUAGGACCUUAACCUUAAUCUCUAAACACAGUUUUAGAAUCUAUAAGUAAAUUGCCUCGAGUUCCAAAGGACAAUUUAGUGUUAUCAUUGAUGUAUUAAUAAGCCUACAAAGCUGAGAAUCCAGCUAAAAAGGCUAAAGAAAUUUAGCAAGUGAUUUAAGCAUCGUAUAGAAAUGUAUAAAAUCGAUUUUAACCUAAAUAACAUCAUUUAACAGAAAUUCAACCAUCAUCAAACGAGCAUAGAAUAAAAAAGAACUUAUAAAUAUCAGGACUGUUGAGUAUGAGAUCACAAAAGAAAUAGUAUUUAAAUUUUGUACAUCCAAAAAGAAUAGUCGGAGGAAAUCAAAUCAAUUGA